UUUUUGACGCAGCAGCGCAAUCAAAGUGCGCAGGCAGUGCAACGAUUAUCACGUUCGCAGGCCACUGGAAAGUGAUGUAAAUAACACGUUAAAGCCUUAACAUUGUAAACAAAGACUUUGCAGUACUUACUAAACCAAUAUUUACCUAGAAAUCGUGUCGUGACUGCUUACAAAUCUAAUCCCAGUGAAACUACGACACAAGUGAUAUUGACUUGAAUAAAAUGAAUACGUGAUAUCCAACGAAACAAAGACAAUUGCAUAAAGACAUUCAUUUUAACAAGUUUAAUAUACGAGUGUUUUUUGUAUUGGAUGAACUUGAAGAGGGUGGCGGGUGUGUGGGACCCUGAGUCGCGGCGGGGGGCGGCUGCCGGCAGGUGACCUGCGGAGUCCGCGGCUCAUGUGGGCGGCUAGCGCGUGCUGCUCGCGCCAGGCAGGCGACGGGGCCAGCGCGACGCGCGCGCCCGUCAAGACCUUCCAGGCGUACCUGCCGCCGGCGCACCGCACCUACAGCUGCAUACACUGCCGCGCGCAUCUCGCCAGCCAUGACGAGCUCAUAUCCAAGUCGUUCCAAGGCAGCCAGGGGCGUGCAUAUCUCUUCAAUUCUGUGGUGAACGUUGGGUGCGGGCCGGCAGAGGAGCGUGUCCUACUGACGGGGCUCCAUGCAGUUGCUGAUAUUUACUGCGAGUGCUGCAAAACCAUGCUCGGCUGGAAAUAUGAACACGCAUUCGAAUCGAGUCAAAAAUAUAAAGAGGGCAAGUUCAUAAUAGAACUGGCUCAUAUGGUGAAAGAGAACGGGUGGGACUAGGCGAUGGGACUAAAGUGCUGUGACCCCCGUCAAUGACUGUACGUGACCAUGCGUCGACGCCUCGAGCCUUCGUGAUAAAAUGGCCGGCGAGUCACCUCGCCUCUCUCGCAACCAUCCGCCCCCGUCGAUAUAAAUUAUUUUUGUCAUAAUCAAUUAUUCAUGGAAAAUCGAUGAUGGCGGAUGGUUGAGUGAUUUACCUAAGUACUGUCAAUUGUUCAAGUGUUGAACGCACUGUUUAACGUCAACUAGAGUACGUAGAGUACAUAGAGAACAGGAUCGGGAAGAAAAAAUUGUAUAGCGAUCACGUAAGUUGCUUCCAUCUCUUUGGAAAUUUUUGGUUUAAAGUCAAUUGUAUGAGAAUAUUGACAAAGUGCGGUAAUCAUGUUUGACAGUUGACAGUUGACAGUAUGUCGGGUGUUAUAUUAGCGGCUUAAGCUUGAGCACCGCCAUUUGACGUUAUACAUAAGUUAUCGAUCUCAACCGCCCAGCUUCGGGCAGUGGGCAUAGAAUUUAUACUAAUUUUUAGUUAUAGAAACUUUUAUUUUUCGCGCAUGCGAAUAUCUUAAGUUGUAUUAGUUUACACGUCAUUAUAUAUCGGAAAGAACACUAAUACUUCUUGUCCCCUUUAACCUGUGAUAAGUACGUUAGAAUAGAAUUUUUGAAUUUCUUGAACGAUCAUUUCAAGAGUUGCUCAGAGAAAUUUCAUAUGUAUGUUCCUAAUUUCAGCUGUACAAUUUGCUUUACUUUUUUUACUAGUCGAAGCGGAAAGUAAUUUUUUAUGUAUUUGCGCCCGUAUUAGGUGAUUUUGGUUAGUUUCGUUCAUUUUGUUUCGCUUUCCGUUUGGAAUUGGAAUUUACAAUGUUACGCUUUAAAGUUGGGGAGACGAUUGGAUCGAACAUUUUUAUAUACGAAGGGAGCAGUUAGAAGUUUUAUUAUUCAUUUAUUGUUUCCAUUUAAAUGUAUAUUAGAUACAAUUAACCCCAAAUAUUUUAUCUUAAUCUGCAUGGUACUUCAUUGUGUUAUCUGUGUAAUAUUCAGAGCUUCUACAAUCACAAUUUCGGCUGACAUAGUUUGUCUAUACAUAAUUCGAAAUAUGAACCGGGAUAUUUCUUGCAUUUGGCGAUCGAUAAUUAAUUGGUGGGAACCGUUAUACACAGUUAGAGCAGAAUCACAAUGUAUAGUGCGGUUUUAACAACGAACAGCUGUCUCAUUGAAUAUAACAUAUUCCAAAUUUUACAAAUAACUAUUUUGUAUUAAAACGGGAAAAUUUGGAAAUUGUAUAAAGAGGCAUGGAAUGUAUAUGUACAAAAAUCGUAUUAAAUUGAAAUGCAAGUACUACAACAGAAAUGACUAUACGUGGUUUCAAAUACAUGGCGUCCAAAUAAAUACUUUGGGGAAUAUUUAUACUAAUUGUGCAUUUUAAUCAAACAUACGAUUUUCGUUAUUAAAUAUCUAUUUUUAGUAGAUAUGAAGUAAGGUUUACAUUUUAUACCUACUUCAUGCAACAAAAGAGAGAAAUGCAUAAUUAAUAUAAUAUGUACUAAAUGUUAUAUCGGUAUACCCAACGUGAUGAUGAUACAACAAUUAAUCUUUUCUCUAAUGCGUAUUCUUAAAAAAACAUAUAAUAUCUUUCUUCUUUUUACACACACAGGUAUGACAUAUUUUAUUUUCAAAGGCAGGGUAUCUAACUUUGCUACAUUGGUCGUGGUUGGCAAAAGUUUGCGCACGUAUCUACUUUGAGUAAAAAAUAGCAGAGUGAUCUGCGACUCUUAUAAACUUAAUUGCCGGAAAAUAUAUACACUCAUAUACCUUAUACAUUUCUAUUUUUCCUGUAACACAUCACAUAAAUAUAAAAAGAAGUGAUUGUUGUUGUUGAAUUUCUAUUACGAUAAUUAUCCUAUUGUAGACUUGUGGACUGGGUAUAUCGAUCCACAUAAUGGUAAAAUCACCCGUCGCCGUAAUAUCAGAGCGUUGAUUACUGCCACUAGAAUACUUUUUAAUAUACAUAACUAAUGUUAAUAAAAUUUACAUGGACGUAAGGGACACGUUUGACACAUUAUUUUUACGAUAAAGCUAAUUAAAUAAAUUUACUAUUAAGGUAGCUCUGAAGUUAGCUUCAUGCUUCAAGCUUUGAAUCUCUAUAGAAAAGCGUAGAACUUUAUAGUAGACAGCGCAUACUUUGCAAAAAUAAAAAUGCCAGCCUACAAGAAAGCCAAAAACAAUGCAAAUUUUCCGCAUUUAAUUAAAAUUUGAUAAUACGUAAAUUUGUCUCGCUAUCAUAAGAAGUGUUUGGCAAUGCAACUGACUUCAGAGCAGCCAACAUUUGGUGAUAGCUGUACAUUAGAAUCAGAUUUUUUAGUGUUACACCUUGUCCGAUUCAUAUUUUAAGACGUAUUUGUAUUAAAUAACGUUAAAUAUUGAAACCAGCCGUUCUAGUUAACCAAAAAUGUCUAAUUUUUUUAACUUACAAAUUUAAACAGAGUCAUAUAUUUUAACGGGCCUAAGUACAAUAAACCACAUUUGGCUCUGGAUAUCUGAACGAAACGAACUGUGAUUUUUGCUUUUAAUAAUAUCAACCGUGCUUUUUAAAGAUCGUUAAAAGCUAUAGGUUGACCGAGAAAUAAUCACAUAUUGUAUAUCUAUAAUUUUCAUUCAAGCUUUUAGAUGCUAAAUAUUGUAAUAUGUGAUAUGGAAAGCAGAUACGUCUUUUUCAUAGUAAUUAUGGUAACUCCGUAAAUACAUCGUUCACGUAUAUUGUAAUCGUAACUGUUAAACAUAGGGUUUAAAUUGUUAAGAAUACUGAUGCAAAAUGUUCAAUGGAGAUUGGAAUUUAAUUUUGUUUUCAUCUUCUGUACAUAGAUAUAAUUAAGUUUCAUCAAUUAUUUGGUUUGUAAAGCUUUACGGUGAACAAGAGUAAUAGUUUUCUUCUUCCAAUUCAUGAAAAAUUUAUAAAAAAAAAUUAUUAAUUUACUGCAUGACUGGUCGUGUCUAUUAUUAAAUAUUGCCAUCACUUAUCGUCAUACCACAGCUUAAAAUAUAUUAUAUUACUUAAUUAUUGUUUGCCAUUUAGAGGAAUGUAUAUCUAUUGGGAUUAUGAAAGAACUUCAUCCAAAAACAUGUUUUUAUUACGGUAUAAUUUGUUAUUCACUCGUUAUGAACAUUAUGCAACAAUAAUCGAAUUAUUGAGAUUGUCACUAGUUUAUAAUUAACACUCUUAGACCUAUAUUACCUUCUUUAACAUAUUACCAAACACAAAAAUAUAUCAAAUUGUGACGUUUAAAGUGAGAAAAUUAAAAAAAAUUAGAUCUCUGCGAGGCAUAUUUAAAGUAUUUUUCUACUUGAUCGUUUAGGGAUGCUAUUAGAUAUUUUUGGACCAUUGUUAAGAAUCGAUCAGUAUUGGUGAGGAUUAAGAAUUUAAAUGUUAGUUUUGUGAAUGUUGAAUGCGAUUGUUGUUGUCGAGAUUAGCGAGUUUAUGCUUCUAUAGAUGUAACUGCACCCAUUUAAAAUAUGCUUUGUUACCUGUUUUAACACUGGCAACACCCUAAUUUUAUAUAGAAUAAAAUACAGUAGACUUUACUAGACCUUACCUUUAAAAUGGCUACGUAUUUUACUCUAUAGUAAUUUACCAAAUAAUCAACCCGUCAAAACUAAGGUCUCGGAGUGUUAACUACCGACCAAUUAGGUGAGCCGAGGAACAAGGUGCAUUCAUGUAUAUUUCCCAUACAAACCAGAUAAGGUGUCCCAGUAGAUGUUUACGGCGGAACCGCUUAUUUUUGUAUUUUACUAGUACGUAAUGAAGCAUUAUUAAAUUCGUGGUGUCUCCUAAAGAUUGUAUGCAUUAUGCUAUAGAAGAGUAUUUCGUCAACAUUUUGUUGAAAUAAUAAGUGCGUAAUAAAACACUUUUUCGUAUUA